UCCACUUUCUUCUCGUCCAGCAUGGCCGCGCUGUAUGAGGGAUACACGUUGUGCGGACUUGUUCCAGCUCAAAAUCUGUCACAUUCAGGCAUUCAGGGGAUCGAAGCGGAGAGAGACAGCGACCAUGUCGUCGUCACCGACUCAACCAGAUCUAUCACGCUGUACAAGGUUUCAGACCAGAAGCCGCUGAGCAGCUGGACGGUGAAACAAGGACAGACCCUGACCUGUUCAGCAGUCUACAAUUCACAGACCAAGGAGUAUGUGGCCGUCUCAGACAGCAAGGUGAUCAGAAUUUGGAAGGAAGAAGACAUACUCUUGGAUAAGGUCUUCAAAGCAACUGUGUCAUCAGAUGUCUGGAAGGUCCACUGUGUACCAGGAGGGGAGCCUGUGGUCUUGUUCCAGAGAGGAGCUGUGAGACUCCUGGAUUCUAUCCUCUCUGCUCCCCAGCAGCCCAUAGAGGAAGUCCUGGCUCAAGAAGAGGCCAUUAGGUGGAGCACCAACAUAGUUGCAGAGUCUCAACAGUUUGUCAUCUUCACAACGGAACAGAAAGGAGAUCAUUUCCUCUGCCUGCAGAGACUGAAUCCUAACACCCUACAGAAGUACCGACUGGAGAGAGAGGAGCCUGGUCUUUCCCCGCUCAGCUUCUCUGCCUCCUACAGGGAUAAACACAUCCGCCUUCUUUAUCUCUACCCUAACGGUCAUGUGUACCAGAGUGUUGUCUCUGUACGGGGCCUGGGGGCUGACGAGGGGGCCCAGGCUCUUCCACUGCCCCGUAGCCUGCUGCUGGGUCUUCCUGUCGGCGAGGGCCUGCUGGAGGCAGCAUCCGCCCUGGUCCUGGAUGAAGCCCAUGUAGCUGUUGUUGGGGUUCCACACCCCUCUGCCGGAGCUGGUAAAGACUUCCUCUGCAUCUGGAAUACCAAUUUCCAGACACUUCAGGCAGGAAAAGAGAUGGCGGGUAAAAUCUACGGACAGCUAUGGGUUUUUUCAAACAAGUUAUUUAUCCCACAUGGGAAAACCCUCUCUGUUAUUCCAUAUGAGUGCCCCAAAUCUUCCCUGGCCUCUGCCCUGGGAAAACUAAGGCAGGCCAAGACUGAAGAGUCCAAAGCUCCAGCUUCUGUAUCUUCUUGGAAUAACAUUCUGCAUGGAGAAAAAGCUCAGCCCUCUAGAACAGUGGAGACCAGGAAGACGAGACCAAACCGUAAGUCCCAGUCAGCACCAAGUUUAACAAUUGACCAACUUCUGGAGCUCAUCAAGACGGCGCCAGUAGAAGAGGUCCAGAAAGAGGUGGACGGGCUCCUCUCCAGGUCAGACAUUCAGGACCUGCAUCCCUUAGUGGGGCAGUUAGCAUCAACCCUUGUGUCCCGGAGCCUGGCUGAUCCAUCCUUCUACACCCCUAGCGCCCUGGCACAGCUAGUGCACACUCAAUCCCUGUGCCACAGUGUGUGUCCUGACCUUGUGCUCCUGGCCCUGGAGAGGAAGGAUUACUUUCUGUGUCAGCUCUGCUUGCAGUUCUUCCCUGACAUCCCAGAAAUGGUCACCUGUGCCUGCCUUAAGGCCUUUAUCAGUAUGCCAGACAUCGAUGCAGAGGCAGUGAGCCUGGUGCCUGACAGUGUCUCCUUCAUGGAAACUCUAAUCGCCGGGGAGCGUGGCCAGGUUGGCUUGCAGAAUGGUUUCAGCCCCACCUCCAUUGAUGAGGGCCACUCAGACGGUACCGUCAUUAAGACCAGAGCAGAGGAUAAGGAGAAGACAUCGUCUCCACCAGAACAGAACUGUCCAGUGGGACUACGCAAGGCUGUUCUGCUAAAUGAGGUCCUGCAGACGCCGUACAGUGACACGUACCUCCUCCCACACCUAAAAGAUCUCUCCUCCCAACAUGUUGUUCUUUUCCUCCAGUAUCUGCAGUUCCUUUACCUAAAAUAUUCCCAGGAUGCUUUCCCACAGAUGCAUGGAUUGAGAUCACCAAGUCUGACUCAGAUCAUGGAUUGGGUGUGCUUGGUGUUGGAUGCCCAUUUCACAGUGCUAGUGAUGACUCCAGAGGCCAAAGGCUUACUGAUGAAUCUCCACAGCUUUGUUAAGUCUCAGGUGAGACUGGUUUCUGAGCUUGGAAAGAUUGAGGGCAGCCUCCAAGAGCUCAGUAAGAUGAAGAUGAAGAAGGAAGUCAGAGCAUACUCCAUUGAAGUCAUUGAGCUGUUUUAGAAUGUGUACAGUAUGUAUACUUUUAAUAAAUCAUUGAGCAUAUUGUCUCCUUCCAACUUUUCACCUGUAGCGGUUUCAAGGUUGUAUACUUGUCCCAGAUGGUAUGAUAUUAAGUGCUUUUUGGCACAGAUUCUAGCCACUGAAGAUGCACAGGUUUUACUGUAUAUGAAAAUAAGUCUUGAUGUAAUUUAGGCAUUGAAUAAGUUUACAUAUGCCUUUGAACCAGGUUUUAAACUUCUUAAAGUGGUUGAGCCAUUCAGAUAAUAUGUUUUGCAUGAUAAAUUAAGUCUACUCAUAUGCCAAAGUGGUUAAUAAUGGGUUUGUAAAAUGCAUGCAAAAGCCAACAUUAUGGCAGGAGUUUGUAACAUUUGUUCAUAAUGGGACUCUUGGAACACUUAACUGUGAGAGCGAAUGGCUGUGUUUUUGGGUAUGUGUCCUAACACAACUGAAUAUUUGUAAAUCUGUCCGCUGUGACUUUGUACUGGCUUCUCCACAGGAAAGCCUUUUUAUGUUGAAUACAAAUAUAUAACAGUGAGAAAACUGCAAAUCCAUGUGUGACUUUUUUUAUUAAAUCGCAGUGUUAAAUACCUGUAUUAAUG